CAGAAAGAGCCAAAGAUGUUGGCUCAGUCAUGUGAUCAGCUGUGUCCAAUCACAGCUGAUCAAUGAUGAUCAGUGUAGCCCCAGCAGUGCCACCUGUCAGUGUCCAUCAGUGCCUUGUGUCAGUGCUCAUCCAUGCCACCUGCCAGUGCCCAUCAGUGCCACAUCAAUGCCACAUAUCAGUGCCUACCAGUGCACAUCAAUACCACAUAUCAGUGCCGUGCCCAUCUGAGCUGCCUUUCAGUGUCACCCAUCAGUGCCAGUCAAUGCCACCUAUCAAUACCUAUCAGUGCCGCCCAUCAGUGCCAUGUAUCAGUGCUGUCUUUCAGUGCCCAUCAGUGAUGCCUGUCAAUGCCCAUCAGUGCCACCUACCAGUGCCUCCUCCUCAGUGCCCAUCAGUGCCACCUAUCAGUGUCCAUCACUGCAGCCUCAUUAGCGCACAUCAG